AACGCUUCUCCAAAGUGUGCUAAAAAAAAGAAAGAAAAAAGGCGGUGAAAAGAACUAGAUAGUGAGACCAUCAAAUUUACAUGGCGAUUGGCUUAUCGAGUAAAUCGGAUUCUAAAAAAUCCAAGCCACAGCCCACAACUCAGCCAGAAACUGAGAUUAAUAUUGAGACGUUCGUCGAGACGUACGUUAGGACGUAUGUUCCGUCAACACCGCAGCCAGCUACCGUAAACCGCCUGACACAACUGGAGGAUGAAGGGCGACGGUCGCUCAAGUUGUUGUACAUAAUGAUCAUCGUUUUUUUUUCGAUUGUGAUCAUCUGUUUCUUUAUACCUUCUCGCGAAUCGUCAUUGGAUGAGUCAAUACAAUUUGACCAGUCAAAUGAUUUUGACCAGUCAAAUGAUUUUGACCAGUCAAAUGAUUUUGACCAGUCUAAUGAAUAUGAACCGUCAAUUCACUGGGAGCCAUAUAACAGUAAAUUAUCAAGUCGACCUAAAGCCCCUUACAAGUCUCCGAGCUUACAUAAGAUUUCAUCUACUAAGACCCAAGUGCAGUAUAAAGCUACUGGAGGAUAUCAACCGCGAACUAGUGGAGCAGUGCAGAAAAGCAGAAAAAAAGGAUAAUUAUAGAGACACAUUAAAAUUGUUUUAAAAGAAUUAGUUUUUGAAAUUAAGAAGGCUUAUAAUAAUAUCCAAAAUAAUAUAAACAUAACUGAUAAAUA